AUGGACACCGAGUCUUCUACCACCCAGACGAGCAACUCGCCCGAAUCCGACUUACUAGCGCAACGAAGAGGGACACUCUCCAGCAUUUACACAUCGGGAACGAGUUCUUCGCCCGAGUUUGGAACAGAUGUUGUCAUUACGCCUGAAAGCGACGAGGAGCAGCGGACGUCGUCUGUACAUGUACCAUUGAAGAUUGAGGAGCUUGAUGAGCGAGCACUGGGUGAUAUUGAUGAAGUCAAGCCGCCGAUUGCGGAUGUCACGCUACCAGGGCCGCGGAAACGUGGGCGGCCGCGAAAGCAUCCCAUUGUCGAUCAGAAGAAAGCGGCGCAUGCAAGGUCGAAGACGGGGUGCGGGACUUGUAGAAGACGCAAGAAGAAAUGUGACGAGGCCAAGCCGACAUGCCUGAAUUGCGAGAAGAACAACGUCGUCUGCGAUGGCUACGAGCCGAAACAGCAAUGGCGGAGCGGCAAGCAGAAGACUGUUACUGUUCGAACCUCUCCUCCAACCGAGCUGCCUCUGCUCGUUGAAGGCAUCGAGGGCACCGUCGAUCAGAUGUUCUUCCAGCAUUUCACUUGCCAAGUAGGCAGAGUCCUGUCGUUGACCGAUCAUCAAAACCCAUUCCUCGAGAUCAUCGUACCCAUGGCGAUGGCACACACCGGUCUCAUGCACAGUCUACUCUACCUCUCCGGCAGCUGCCUCAUCGCCAACGAGAACAACAAGCACUUCGACUGGGAACAACGCUCCGACCAUCACAGCAGCAAAGCCAUUGGCCUGCUCCAAGAAGACCUCGCCACCUCCACCAACCCCGAAACCGGCGCGGUCAUCCCCAUCGCCGACCCCUCUGUCGCCCAAACCCUCAUCCUCUGCCUCCAGACCGUCGCCUCGGGCGACCUCACCGGCAGCUACCGGUUCCACCUCAACGCCAUGAAAGAAAUGCUCACCCGGCAAAAGCAAGCCAUGCCCAACGAACAGCUCCGCCAAUUCAUCCUCGAGUUCCUCAUCUACCACGACUACUCCUCUUCCAUCACCUCCCUCACUAACCCGCUCGACCAGCGCUCUAUCGACUUGAUGGAAGACUUCCACCUCCCCGCCUACAUGAUGCAGCCCCAAGUCGGCACCCUCCUCGGCGUCCUCGACGGCCUUUUCGGCUUCAUCUCCCGUAUCCGCCGCCUGCGCGACCACAUCCGCGCCCACAGAUCCGAGGGCAACGCGCACUGGUGGGAUGAACCCAUCGUCAACGAGGCCUUCGCCAUCGACUCGGCGCUGCGGCACUGGCAGUGCGUCCACCCGCCUAACUCGCCGCGCUACGCCGCGUCCCUGCUGUAUAGGCAAUGCACCUGGAUAUACCUGCACCGCACGAUCCAGCUCUCGCGCCCCUCGCCCACGUUCAAACAAGCCGUCGACGAAGGCCUCACCUAUUUACGGAUGCUCUCCUGGGACCGCGAAGCCGACGUCUCCGCCGGCUCGAUCCUGCUCAUGCCGUUGUUCUUACUGGGCUGCGCGGCUUUCGAACCUGAGCAGCGGCCAGAGAUCCAGCAGGCUUUGGAGCGGUUGCAGGAGUGGAGUACGCUGGGGAAUAUCAAGUAUGCGCGGGCGAUUGUGGAGCAGGUUUGGGGGAUGAUGGACGAGGGGCGGGAGGAGGAGACGUGGGAUUGGGAGGGUAUUAUUGCAGGGAGGGGGUGGGAUUUUUUGGUGACUUGA